CAAACUCAAACUGACUAAGACCAUUUUCGAUAAUUGAGAAGAUUCCUUCUCCUUUUCCAAAGAAGCCUUGUGACAUUAGAGUUUCAACAGUUCUGAAGAAAGAGACGUGACAGGAUGUAAUUCUGAUUGGAACAAUCAGACCUAUUUAAAGGGCAGGUCUACAUGAGCAGAAGCUGCAUUGAGACUGCAGAAGCUCCGCCAAAGAGAGGAUGACACUGGAAUAAACUCACAAGCAGCAAAGAACAUAUUUUGGAUUAAGAUGAAAACAAUUACAGUAGUUAUUUUGCUUGUAUUAGAACUAUCAAACUGCUUUGCACAGUCAGGAGGAAACUUUUUAAUAUAUAAUGUGGGUAAUAACAAAUGCAUGUCAAACUUCCUGGAACGACUCGUCAACUGUGACCAAUUCAGUAGAUCACAACAGUUCCGUUGGACAUCGAAAAAUCGCAUUUUGAACACUUUCACAAAGAAAUGCCUUGGAGUAGGAAGUAAAGCAGUGGGCAAAACACUGCAGUGGCUGAAAUGUGAAGAUGACAGUGUUUUGCAGAAGUGGGAAUGUCACAGUGGUACAUUUCUUGGCCUAAAGAAUGAAUCUCUGUACCUUGCUGUAAAUAGUAACAGUGUGCCAGUGAUCUCUGCAGACACUGGAAUAAAUAGCAAAUGGACAAUUCAUGGAACACUGAACAACAUUUGCUCUCAGCCUUAUGAAGAAAUGUACACCAUUGAUGGAAAUGCAUUUGGGCGGCCAUGUCAGUUUCCUUUUUUUUAUGAGACAAAAUGGUAUGCAGAUUGUACCACAGAUGAUGAGCAAAAUAAACGCCUAUGGUGUGCCAUUGAGACUGACUACAAUGAUAAUCAGCUGUGGGGCUACUGCCCAACACGUGAAAAUACAUUUUGGUCCAAACAUCCUCUGACAAAUGUCUAUUACCAAGUGAAUGAAAGAUCAGCCCUGACAUGGUACCAGGCUAGAAAGAGUUGCCAGCAGCAGGGUGCAGAGCUGCUGAGUGUCUCUGAAUCUCAUGAACACACCUUUAUAGCAGGAUUAGUUCAGAAGACACAAAGCUCACUAUGGACAGGACUAAACAAAUUAGAUGUGUCCAGUGGAUGGCAGUGGAGCAAUGGACAACCUUUACGUUAUCUGAAAUGGCUCAGUGGUUUCCCAACCACGCAACCAGGCUACAGUUGUGGUGUCCUGAAAAAUGCUUUUGGUUCUGAAUGGUCAAACGAACCUUGUUCGGAAAAACAUGGGUACAUCUGCCAAAAAGGCCAUUCUGUUCCUACCAUUCCACCAGUGGUGAACACUGGAUUUUGCCAAAGCCCCUGGAUUCCAUAUUCAGGCAACUGUUAUCUGCUUCAUCGCAACAAGCGAACAUGGAUGGAGGCGCGAGAUGUAUGUCUGCGGGAAGGAGGAGACCUGCUGAGUAUCCUCAACACAGAAGAGCAGAGCUUUGCCAUCACACAGCUUGGAUACUUGAAGACAGACGAGCUGUGGAUUGGUUUCAAUGACCGCAAAACUCAGAUGCUGUUUGAGUGGAGUGACCAGUCUAGUGUCCCGUUUGCCUCAUGGGAGGUGGGGGAGCCGAGUCACAAUGCUCUUCAUGCAGAGGACUGUGUGUUAAUGAGGGGAGAGGAGGGAAAGUGGGCUGAUGAUAUUUGUGAGAACAAGUAUGGAUUCAUCUGCAAGAAGAAGGCCAGCUCUAAAGCCUCAAAUAAUGACACAGUUGUCACAAGCCCAGGAUGCAAAACGGGUUGGACCAGGUAUGGGUACUACUGCUACAUGGCAGGAUCUGAGACAAAGACCUUUGAUGAAGCAAAACAGAUGUGUGAAAAAGCUGAGUCUCAACUGGUUGAUAUUUCCUCCAGAAUAGAAAAUGCGUUUCUGGUUAGUCUAGUAGGAGCACGACCAGAAAAGUACUUCUGGAUUGGAUUGUCUAAUCAGAAGGAUCUGCACACUUUUGAAUGGACCAACAACAAGCAAGUCCCAUUUACUCAUUUCAACGCUGGGAUGCCAGGUAUUAUGCCAAAAACACAAUGUCAAAGAACAGAUAAUGUUUCUGAUUUCUCAUAA